AAAUACAGACACGUUUGAUAAAAAAAAAAAAGUGCUGGAGCCCCCGACCAUUCGACCAAAUCUCGCGGCGACUGCAACUCGGAGCCCCGGCGGAAGACCACGCCCUCGCUUCUGAAGGUCUGAUCUCCGGCCGGUGCGACCACAGGCGAAUCGAAGAUGCAGCAGGGGGACGGCACGGAGGCGCAGGUGACGUGGGAGGACCAACAGAAUAUCAACCGCUUCGGCCGCCUCAACAACCGCCUCCACGAGCUCCAGGACGAGAUCAAGCUCGCCAAGGAAGCAAAUGAAAACCUAGACGAUGCUGGGAACGAGCUCAUCUUGUCAGAUGAAGAUGUGGUACGGUUCCAGAUUGGGGAAGUGUUUGCCCACAUGCCAAGGGACGACGUCGAGACUAGGCUGGAGCAGAUGAAAGCGGACGCGGCGAAGAAGCUGGAGAGGCUGGAGGAGGAGAAGGAAUCCAUCCUCGCCCAGAUGGCCGAGCUGAAGAAAAUACUGUACGGAAAGUUCAAGGAUGCCAUCAACCUGGAGGAAGAUUAGCAGAAGAAGAUAAUGUACGGAAAGUUCAAGGAUGCCAUCAAACCUGGAGGAAGAGUAGCAGGAGUACUUGAGCUGUUGCCCGUUCAGUUGUACGUCGCUUUUUUUAGUGCUGUUUUUCGCUAGCUUGCGUAACAGAAGACAGUUGAGCCUGCUGUAUUUAAAAAAAAAACAGAAGACAGUUGAGCUUCGGAAGCUUUUUUACCCUUGAUGCAUGAACUUUGGUUGAAGUGAAUGAUUUGAUUCAGAGCGUGUGUAUGA